UGCCGUUUCUGCAACUAACUUUAAAGAUGCGAAUAGUUAUUGCAUUUUUAGUUGUGAUAUUUUUCACUGCAGUUUUCUUGAGUUAUCAUACAGUUCGACAAUUUUCACGUUUAAUGGCAAAAAGAUGCGAAGCAGACUUGGAUUUAGAUACUUUUGUAAUUCCAAAGGAGUUUUUGUUUGGCGCAAGUACGUCGGCGUAUCAGAUAGAGGGCGCUUGGAACGAAGAUGGCAAGGGAGUUAGUAUUUGGGAUGCAGCGUUGCAUAAAAAUCCAGGAGUAAUUAAAGAUCGCAUGAAUGGGGAUGUCACAGCGGAUAGUUAUCAUCAUUACAAAGACGACGUAGCUGCAUUGAAAAAACUUGGGUUCAAUUUCUAUCGUUUCUCAAUUGCAUGGACUCGAAUUAUGCCGAAUGGAGCGGCAAAUGAAAUUAAUUACGCAGGAAUUCAGUAUUAUCAUCGAGUGAUUGAUGAAUUGUUAGCAAAUGAUAUUCAACCUGUAAUAACAAUGUAUCAUCUAGAUUUGCCACAAAAGCUUCAGGAAAUGGGAGGAUGGACAAAUCCAAUUAUCGUUCAGUAUUACGAAGCAUAUGCUGAUGUUUUGUUUCAGAAUUUUGGAGAUAAGAUAAAACGCUGGAUUACCUUCAACGAGCCCUUUGACUCUUGCAUCGACGCUUAUGGUCGAGGAAUUUUGCCGCCUUUUAUACAUGGAGAAGGAGUUGCUGAAUAUUUAUGUGGGCAUCACAUUCUUAUAAGUCACGCUACAGCCUAUCAUUUGUAUAAAAAGAAGUAUUCUCAUUACGGAGGCAAAAUUGGUAUAACUCUCAACUCUCGUUAUUUCAUACCCAAAGACGGCAAAGACUCAUCUCUCACGGAACGAGGGAUGCAAUAUAUGCUCGGAUGGUUUGCGCAUCCAAUUCUCUCUGCUACGGGCGGAUAUCCAUCCAUCAUGGUGAAUGAAAUUGCUGAAAAUAGUCUUUUAGAGAAUCGAACAACUUCUCGACUGCCCUUUAUGGAUACACGAUUGAAACUUUUCAUUCGUAAUACAGCGGAUUAUCUUUCCUUUAACUAUUAUACAAGUAACAUUGUUGAAUUUAACGAAAAUUUCAAGUCAUCUGAACCUUCGUGGGAUAAAGAUUCACGCUUAAUUCUUUCCUUUGACUCAAAUUGGAAGAAAUCAGCAAAUAAUUGGGUUUACAAUGUCCCAAAAGGCAUGUAUAGAACCCUAAAAUGGAUUUACGAUCAAUUUGACAAUCCAGAAAUAUUAAUAACUGAAAAUGGUUGGAGCGAUCAAGGUCAAUUGAAGGACGAUGAUCGUAUUGAUUAUCUCAGAAGACAUUUGCUUGAAGUAAUGAAAGUUAAAGAAUGUAUCGGAGCAAAUAUCAUCGGAUAUGGCAUUUGGUCAUUAUUGGAUAAUUUUGAAUGGUUAAGCGGAUUUACCGAACACUUUGGAUUGUAUGCAGUAAACAUGACGUCACCAAAUAAAGAGAGAAUUCCGAAAAAAUCGGCAAUGUUCAUGCAGAAAGUUGUACAGACACGAACAAUACCGAAGAAUUACGAGAAUUAAGUUUUUUUUCCUAUAAAUAAAUAAACAAAAACAAACCUUAUCUACGAUCGUGCAUUCAUGAUUCUU